AUUCUAUUUGUUAUUAUUGUGCGAAUGUGUAUUUUGCUGCGAACGUAUUUGUAAUUAAAGUUCCUAUAUAGUUUUGCUUGGAAAUGUCUCGCAAAAGUCAAGACAUUCCCAUACGACCACGCUAUGGUAUACCAGAUUUAGGAAACGACGAGAAUUAUAGUGAAGCAGAAAGAAUAUCGUAUAAAACCAGAAAGACUUCAUCGAGCGCUAUGGAACCUUCAUCGUACAGUGAAAUUCCUUUUCUGGCCCAAUAUCCAGAAAUGCAGGAUACCACAGCGUCGGAAAAAAUAGAACGGCACUGCAGUGUGGGCGAACCAGAUGUGGAAGAUGAAGAAGACAAUGACUCCAAUUCAUUCGAGGAAAAUAAAACUCCAAGGCGCCCCAACUCAUUGCACUGUGAUUCGUCUUUUCCGUAUGAGCUGGAAGGUGCAACCAGUACAGAUGGUCAAAUGCGACACUUCGUAGCUGAAAAUCUUGAAGAAAAAAUACGAAGUGAUCAAUUGAGUUACGCUUCACACAAUAGCACACCUUCGGUGCCAAACAAGAGCAGUAAUUUGCUAACACGACGUUUUUUACAAACGCAGCGUCCUCAAAUCGACGCAAAUGUAUUGAAUGACAUUGAAAUAGAAGCGCAAUAUUUGGCCGCUUCUAUAGACAAUUUGAUGGAAAACUUGUGCAAUUUGCUACAUUCUAUAUCUUCAAUAACUGCCGAUAACGUUGAGGUACACAAAAACGCAGUGAAUAAACUGACCGAUAGCAUGGAUGCAAACAUCAAAUGCAUGUACACUAUCAUGGCAAAGACAGAGGAAAUCACCAAAUCAAUGAAGCCAACAGAGCAAUUGGGCCAGCGAAUUCGAGAAAUCAAGCGGCUCGUCGAUAUGCUCGAUGGGACGAUGUAGGAUAAACCAUUGGUGGCGAACGGUAAUUCGCCGAAUCCCGCCUGUCCCCUCUUUUGACAUCUUUCACAUUUUUGUGUUAUUAUUUUAAUUAAUUAUAAUGUUCCAUAAGAAUAAAAAAUAGUUUUAUGUA